AUGGAAAAAAAUGGAUUUCCAUUGACGUCAAAAGAAGUCAAGGCAUUAGUGUCAGAAUAUAUUAAAAGGAAUGGUAUAGUUACGCCAUUCAGAGAAGAUAUGCCUGGUGAUGAUUGGCUUCGUGGUUUUCGCAAGAGAAACGGUUUAUCGCUAAAAAAACCGCAGUCUGUAGAAAUUGCCCGUAAACGGGCAUGUAAUCCGUUUACAGUGUAUGAAUAUUUUGAUUUAUUAGAAAGUGUUUUGAAAGAUUUAGACCUCACUGAUAAACCUCAAAGAAUAUAUAACCUCGACGAAACUAGUUUUUCUAAUGAUCCGUCUAAAACCCGAGUCAUUGGACAAAAAGGGUUCCGCUGUACCAGGACUACUAGUUCCCCUGGAAGAGAAAAUACGACUGUGUUGUUGGCUGCAAAUGCAGUAGGCGAUAAAGUUCCACCACUUAUUGUUUUCCAGGGCAAGCAUUUAUGGAAUGAGUGGUGUUACAAAGAUCCAUAUGUCAAAACAGCUUACACUGUCAGUCGCAAGGACUUAAAUGUUAUUAAGUUGGCUCAAUCCGAAAACAUUACCAUAUUGAAAUUACCACCACACUCAUCCGAUACCCUUCAACCAUUAGAUUGCAGUGGCAUGAAACCCAUGAAAGAUAGGUGGGACGAGGCUCUUGUUAAAUGGCAAAGGCUACAUAUUGGUGCUAAGCUACCAAAAAGUGAGUUCGCCAGGAUUCUGACCGAAAUAUGGAGCAAUCUAAAUCCAGUUAUACUGCAAAAUGGCUUUAAAAAAACUGGUAUAUAUCCGUUUAACCGUCAGGCAAUAUCUCAAAAUAUAUUCGAUCCUUUGGCUUUAGCGCGAUGGGAAAAAGAACAAGCACUUACGCACAAUGUUGAAGAUAACGAAGUUGAAUAUGUAAACUUAUUUACCUUGCCUGAAGAAGAAAACACCUUACUAACCUUUGAUAAAAACCUAAAUGACUGCACGCAUCAGAUUGUCCAGAAUCAAGUUUAUUUUAACGUACCAACCCUUUUAAGUUUGACACUUCAAAAUUUUAACAUGAUCGGAAAUUGUCUGGAAGAUGCUAAGACUCACAAGAACUGUACUGAAGUUAAAGUAACAGACAAACAAGAUGAAAUGGUGACAGAAUACGAUAAUUCAGUAAAUGCCAAUAGUAAAGAAAACCAGAUUCAAGUAGAAAUAGCAGGAUCAACGAUUUUCGAUCAAGAAAUUAUUGGAAACAAAACAAGUAUAUACGUCAAAGAAAAAUAUGUAAAUACAAAGAAACAAGGAAAAAAAGAGCCAAGAGUCUACGAAAAACAGAAGCCAGGACAUGUUUCUUCCACACAAAAACAAGAUUCCUUUGAACAAGUUCGGAAAUCUACAUCUGCUGGUACUAAGAGCAAUACAUCUUCAAAAAUAAUAAUUCUAGAAAACGUGCUAAUUAAACCUGCAGCUACAAGUUAUAAUAAAGAAAACAGAGAACUGAAAAAGGAACUGCAAGAAAAACUAAAAACAUAUGAAAAAAAGCAGCAUUCAAUUAUCUUAGGAAACCAUAAUGAAACCGCAAAAAUAGAAAUUAACCAAAACCAACAACACUCGCAAAAGUCGGUAAACUUAGAUAAAUAUGCUCAAUUCAAACAUGAAAAUGAAGCUAAAACAAAUGUUAUGAACGUAUCAUUUCAGGAACUUUUAUUGAAAAAAAUAGGUCACAGUGAUCCCCCCAAAACCAAAAAGAAGCGCGUUACUAGAGGCGCCGAAAUUUUGACUUACAAUGAAGUAAUUGAUAGAAUGGAAAAAGAACAAGAAGAGAAACAAAGGAAAACAGAAGAAAAACAAGCCAGGCAAAAGAGAAAAUUAAAGAAGAAGACUUUGACUAAGAAAAAGAAAACGAGAUAUGAAUCAGAUAGUAAUACUAGUGGUUCGUUUCAAAGUAACGAUUCGUCAGAGGCCGAAGACCCAGAAACUUUUUACAAAAGUUUGCUGGAAAAUAACUCAGAUAAUGAUUCUAUAUACCUUGAAGACAAUUCAUCCAAUGUUCCAACUUUUGAAACUCCAAAGCGAGAAACAAGAAAUAAAAAUAUUGAUAUAUACCAAAUAUCUAAACCAGGAACUAAGACAAAACAAACCCGAAAGAAAACAUGUCUAACAGAAAAAGAGAAUAAAAGUAGCAAAAGAGGAAGUUAUGUUCAAGAAGAAAGCCAGUGCGUAAUUUAUAAUAUGUUGGAAAGCGUAGCAUCCACUUCAAAACAGGAGUUUGUAUUCGUGCCAAAAGAAGGUGACUUCGUAUUAGCAAAAUUCAGCUCUGCUUUGGGAAAGAAAACCUAUAAGUAUGUUUGUUUGAUAGAAGAUAUUACUGGAGAAAAAGCUGUUGUGAAAGGUCUGAAGUCCUAUAAACAAAAAAAUACGUUUAAACUUAUUAAAAAUGACGUGUCAAUAAUUGAUUUCACCGAUAUUAUCACCGUGCUUCCUCAACCUGAUUGCGUGGGAGAGCUUUAUAAGUUUUCGGAAAACAUUAACGUGAUUGAGAAAUAA